AAAUUUCAGUGAUGAAAUUUGGAGCAACACACCUAUUAACGUAUGUUUUAAUAACGCCAGUUAUCGUAUGCCAACAACGACAUAAGGAUAAAGAUGAUGCAUACGUUGAUUUGAUUCCACUUAAUUUGAUACCAGAAGGUUGUAGUUUUGAUUCCUACUACGGUUAUGGAAUCGUAGAUGGAAGCUUGGAGAAAUGUGAUAAAUAUUCUGAAGCUAAAGCUGGAGGUGAAGAAUUCAGUUCCGAAUAUGAGGAAAUCAAAUGUCGUACUUUAAGAGUGCAUGGAAGAAUGAAAAAUAACAAAUGUGAAUGCAAGCCUGGAUGGAAGGGACCAAUUUGUAACGAAUACUAUGGAUGUCCCACUGGCUUCUCCCUAUACAAUAGUGUAUGUACACCAAAUUCAUGCCAACAUAAUGGAACGAUCGCUAUUGGUUCUAAACAGAUCGAAUGCAUUUGUCGGGCUCCAUGGGAUGGCCGAAACUGUGAACGACUUGCGUGUUGGCGAAUGGCUUCGAAAGAACAUGAAAGGAGAUGGCGCAAUGCGGGUGACAGAUGUCGUUGUGCCGAUGAAUAUGAAGGCGACAAUUGUGAUAAGAUUAUCAAAUGUAGAAAUGAUGGUGAAGUUGUCGAUGGAAGUUGCAAAUGUAAGGAUCCAUUUUAUGGAGAAAUCUGCGAAAAGAAAUGUCCUGCAAAUCAGACAUGUGGCGCGAUAGCUAUCUGGUUCUCACCGGCUAUCAUAUUCUUAGCGUUUCUAUGUUUCUGCUUAAUUCGAUUGUAAGUUAAUUUCUUCCGAAAUCCUGGUAAUUUAAUCAAUGGAAAAACGACGGAAAAAAGAACAGUUAGUGGAA